AAAGAAUUCAAUCCAUGAACUGAAAUAAUGGAAAUCUGCAGGACCCGGGGAUCCGCCGGGGAGCCCGAAACCGACGAGCUGACUCGCUGGAUUUGACAUUUCACUUGUUUUUAGGGGCCGUUUUUUACUAUGACGGAGCACCGCGGCGGUUUCCGCGGGCUUGGAGGGCGGCGUAGCUAGUGUAUUUUCUCCAGCCGCCACCGCCGGGGCUCGUUGGGAGCUGUGGCAUGUUAGCCGCCGCUGUGCUAGCGGCUAGCGGAGAUCAGGGGGAGGGGAGGUAGCUGCUCCGCUCUCAAAUGCUUUCACAUCAGUUUUGUCUUACUUUUCGAGCCCUUGUUUUUUUAAUACUAUAACUUUUCCCCCUUUUUUAUGCCGGAUUCAAACCCCGGGUUGAGAUCGCAGUUGCCGCCGAGAGUCUGUUCUUGUGACGAUAAUGUAGCCGCAAAGCUUGCGGGCUAACCAGACCAGACAAUACAUUUCAAGCAGGAUUGAUGAAUCGCGCAGCUAUAAGCAGUUCUCCUAGCUUUUCCAGGCUGUAGAAGUUGCUGCCUUUAGCAGGAGGGGGCUAUAGCAAGUUCAGUGCGAUUACAGCCGAGCAUCGGGUCUGGUCGAGCCGCCCGGACUCGGACCAGCUUAUAUUUCCUUCCUCCUCGAAGGCGAUCGGGACGACGAUGGACGUGAACGGUGCCAGCGCGCAGUGAACAAGGAUGAGUUCGUGCUUUGUACCAAACGGGGCCAGCUUGGAGGACUGCCACUCCAACCUCUUCUGCUUGGCUGAUUUGACUGGAAUAAAAUGGAGGCGUUUUGUGUGGCAAGGGCCCACUUCAUCGCCCAUCCUUUUCCCAGUGACAGAGGAGGACCCAAUCUUGUGUAGUUUCAGCCGAUGCCUGUCGGCAGAUGUGCUGAGUGUGUGGAGACGGCACCACACCCCGGGUCGGAGGGAGCUCUGGCUUUUCUGGUGGGGGGAUGACCCCAGUUUCGCUGAGCUUAUCCACAAUGAGCUCUCAAGUGAGGAGGAUGGAGAGUGGGAAAGUGGCCUGUCCUACGAGUGUCGAACGCUGCUGUUCAAAGCCAUUCACAACCUGCUGGAACGUUGUCUCAUGAACCGCGGCUUCGUUCGCAUUGGCAAGUGGUUUGUCAAGCCAUACCAAAAGGAGGAGAAGAUCAUUAAUAAAAGCGAACACCUUUCCUGUGCGUUCACCUUCUUCGUCCAUGGCGAUAGCAACGUGUGCACGAGUGUGGAGAUCGCUCAGCAUCAGCCUCUUCAAAGACUGAGCGAGGAGCAUCUUAGCCUCGCACAGCAGAGCUCCAGCCCGAUGCAAGUUAUCCUGAGCCCAUAUGGCUUGAAUGGGACCCUCACUGGCCAGGCUUUUAAGAUGUCGGAUCACCCUACCCAGAAGCUCAUAGAAGAGUGGAGGCAGUUUUAUCCCAUUUGCCCCAAUCGGAAGGAGGUCCCGGAGGACAAGAUGGAAGAUACAGACUGGGAGGAUGACUCCCUGGCCGCUGUGGAAGUCCUUGUUGCGGGAGUAAGGAUGGUUUACCCUUCCUGCCUGGUGCUUCUCCCCCUGUUGGAUCUUCCUGCUGUGGUACCUCAAGGCUCAGCAAACACCCCAGGAAGUCAGUGUGGUCCUCAGCAGGGCCAGGCACCUCACAAAGACCCUGCCAUGUCCUCCGUCACCCUGACUCCUCCAACAUCACCGGAGGAGGCACACACUGACUAUCAGCCUGCCCAGAGGUGGUUAAAGCUGUCCUCCGCAACUGAUUACUACAACUCUAACAACACUCUUCACGGAGGCAAAAUCCCUCGCAGGCUAGCUAGACAGAUGGUGGAGUGUGUGUGGCAAGAGUACAACAUAAACCGUACAGGGAACAAGAGGAAGUUUACAACCUUGACGAAUGGAGCCUGUGAAGAAGAGUCGGACAAACUGGGACUCUGGGAUUUUGUGGAACCAACUUACAGACCAUCUUGCAACUGCUCCAGACAUAAGAAUUUGAAGCAGCGAUCCAGCAGUACCUCAGGGCACCCACCUUCAUCGGGGCAGCCUGCCCAGCCGGCUCCCAAGCACAAGCUGAGCGAGAAGAUGGAGAAGGGGGAAAAGCAGCAGAGGAGGCCACAGACACCUUUUCAUCACCGCAACUCUGUGAGCGAGGAGCAGUCGCUGGAGCCACAGACCCCGAGGCUCUGCCCGAGACCACAGGAGGAGGGCUCGUAUCCAAACCUGCACCACGUAGACACCGCGCCGCCCAAAGCCCCUACGCUGCACGCGCACGGCCCACCCGCCGACCUCGUCGGCUCCCCGCCUCCACCACCUCUCAGCCCGCAUCCCUGCGAUCACGUAGAAAGCGACAUGACGCCAGGAACCAUGAAGAACUGUUCCACGCCCAUCCACCAACCGUUCUACCCACCAUCAGUUGAGCCUUGCCUGAUGCCUCAAAAAGGCUCAUCUGGAGAACCUCCGCUGGAGAACGUGUCGAUGCCUUUGCCCUUCCCUCCAACGUACAAUGACACUUUGGAACCCACCGUGUUUGUAGGUUCAGCUAUAAACCCCACCGAAGACUCCACUCACAACCCCUGGAGGUAUUUCAACUUACCCAGGAAGAAGGACUCCAACUAUCUGACACCGCAGUUACCCGUGGAUAAAAUACGAGAUGAUUACGGAGGAGGGACAGAGAGUGUCGUCUCUGUCACAGAGUUGAUGUGCGACUCCUCGCAUCCCCUGAAGGUCUCGCAGGAGCUGACGAGGACCUACGCCCAGCGGAGAAACAGCCAUCUCGUCUCCACAGCAGGAGACGGAGAACACAGCGAGGAGCCAGACCCAUAUGCCUUUGUGGAAGGAGACGAGGAGUUCAGCUUCACUGAGAAGAGGGACAAGGCUGGAGGCGAGAAGGACGGCAGCAAGAAACACAAGUUGGAUGAAGGGAGUGGAACCUCUGCAGAUGAUGGUCCAUCGGGGAGUAAACCGUCGUGCUCUACCAGCCUCAUCCACGAGAACGACUUGGCUGUGUCGUACAGUGAUCUAGAUAAAAUCUUCAACUCGGAUGAAGAUGAGUUGGCUCCUGGAACCAAAAAAACUGGAAUUGGUACAGAGGAGAAAUUUGGCAGUAAAGAAACGAAACCAGCCUCGCUGGAUUCUCUCUCUUGCAUAAGCUCAGCAGACCUACACCAGAUGUUUCCCACUCCGCCUUCCCUGGAACAGCAGGGCUACUCCCCCAUGAACUCCGGAAGCAAGGAUAGCCUGGAAACGGGGGCGGGCCUGUUGGACGGCAGCCAACUUAACAGCCACUUCAAGAUGGAGGUGGAGGAGGGUUUCUGCAGCCCGAAGCCAUCUGAAAUCAAGGACUUCUCCUUUGUGUACAAGCCAGAGACGUGUCAGUCUUUCAUUGGCUGCUCUAUGUACGCUCCCCUCAAGAUGCUACCUAGCCAUUGUUUGUUGCCUAUCAAAGUGCCAGAAGACUGCGUGUACACGCCGAGCUGGACCAUGGGCAAAAUGGAGCUGAUCCCCACCGUGUCGAGUGUCAGUCUCCUCACCAAAGACAGUAACGUCCCAAGUGUGGAGCCGGACUACAACCAGACCUACACCCCUCAGACCCACACGCCCUUCUUAUCCAGCAGUGCUCCUCCCAGCAACAGCGGCACCGGCAUCCUGCCUUCCCCAGCCACGCCCCGAUUCUCCGUGCCCACGCCCCGCACUCCACGGACUCCACGCACUCCCCGCGGCCCAUCCAGCGUCCAGGGUUCCGUCAAGUACGACAAUUCCGACCUCUACUCUCCAGCGUCCACGCCAUCCACCUGUCGACCCCUCAGCUCCGUGGAGCCGGCCACCGUGCCCUUCAUCCCCGAGGCGCACAGUCUCUACGUCACCCUCAUCCUCUCCGAGUCGGUUAUGAACCUCUACAAGGAUUGCAACUUCGACAGCUGCUGCGUGUGCGUCUGCAACAUGAACAUCCGAGGGGCGGACGUAGGCGUGUACCUCAAAGACAACGGCGAGGCCCAGUAUCCUUGCACGUGCGGCUUCAGCGCCGUCACCAACCGGCGCUUCGGCCAGUCGGCGGGGCUGUUUCUGGAGGACGAGCUGGACGUCGUGGGCCGCGGUUCAGAUGCCAGUCGAGACACGGAGCGGUGCUUCGAGGAGCUGAGAGCUUCCACGCCACACAAGGCGGCCAGCUUGAAGGACAAGGCUCCGGACGAGCUGAUCCUGCUGCUACAGGAUCAGUGCACGAACCCAUUUGCUCAAAUGGCAGGUGUGGAGUACUGCAAGCCCAGGUCAGCCCCCAGUUCAUUCCUGAGGGUGGAAGAGCGAGACUGUUAUAACGACUGCUACAUGGCCCUGGAGCACGGCCGGCAGUUCAUGGACAAUAUGUCAGGAGGGAAAGUAGAUGAAACACUAGUGAAAAGCACCUGUCUUCAUCAGUGGCCAAAAUGCAAAACUGCAGACAUGAACAAGUUAUACUCUCAGGACGUCCUGCGGGUGUUGUUGUCCCUGCAGCCUGUGCUGCAGGACACCAUUCAGAAGAAGAGGAGUGUUCGCUCCUGGGGCGUUCAGGGACCACUGACCUGGCAGCAGUUCCAUAAAAUGGCUGGCAGGGGAUCAUAUGGUACAGAUGAGUCUCCUGAGCCCCUGCCCAUCCCGACCUUUCUGGUCGGCUAUGAGUAUGAUUUUGUGGUACUGUCUCCUUUCGGGUUGCCCUAUUGGGAGAAGCUUCUCCUGGAUCCUUACGGUUCCCACAGAGAUGUGGGAUAUGUCGUCCUCUGCCCAGAUAUUGAGGCACUGCUUCGUGGGGCCAAAACCUUUUUCAAAGAUCUGAGUGCCAUGUAUGAGGCAUGCCAGCUGGGGCAGCACAGGCCCAUCUCCAAGAGUCACCCAGAGGGUAUAUUAACAGUCGGCACCACAGAAGGCAGGAGCAUGACGGAGCAGCCCCUUAGCGACUGGUUCCUCAGCUUGGCCGCCAGAGAAGGAAACAAUGAAACCUUUAAUAAGCUCAAACUCUUUGCUCAAGUGUGCCGUUACGAUUUAGCUCCGUACCUGUCAGAGCAGCCUUUGGAUAGCUCUCUGUUGUCCCAGCGCAGUCCUCCUCCUCCUCCGGCCGCCUCCUCUUCCUCCAGCUCUUCCAGCAUCUCCUCAGGACUCCAGAGUACCAACACUACAAGCACCAGCUCUGCCCCGCCCGUACAGGCCAACAGCACCCCUUCCUCCUCCUCUUUAGGCCCCCAGACUAUCGGGGGAGUGGCCUCGGGCAAGCCAAGCUCCUACUCACCAUUCGGGACAGCAGGCUUGCAGGGCAGCGCCACUCAGAACGGGCCUCAGUCAAACUCGCAAGGCGGAGGGGGUCUGGCAGAAAACGGAUCCAACCAGCCUCCAGCGCCUACAGAAACUCCGGAGAGCACAAUGGAGAGAGACAAAGUGGGCAAGCCAACAGACGGAGAGUCCCACGCUGUUUCUUACCCGCCUGCCAUAGUGGUUUACAUCAUCGACCCGUUCAGCUAUGAAGACGCAGAAAGAGAGGUCCACUCCAGCAGCUACACCCUGGGCCUGAUGCGCUGCUACAUGGAGAUGCUCCCGUUCCUACCCGCUCACAUCAGGAACGCUGUCUCCGUGCAGAUCGUUCCCUGCCAGUAUCUGCUGCAGCCGGUCCACAGCGGCGAGCGCCGCGUCUACGGUCAGCACCUGAAAUCGCUGGCCUUCUCUGUUUACACUCAGUGCCGUCGACCUCUCCCCAACUCCACCAACUUCAAGGCUCUGACGGGCUUUGGGCCCGGGCUUGCCAUCGACAUGGCCCUUAAGAACCCAGAGCGGCCAGAAUGUCUGCGUCUGUACACGCCGCCCUUCAUUUUGGCUCCGGUGAAAGACAAGCAGACGGAGCUGGGGGAGACGUUCGGGGAAGCAUCGCAGAAGUACAACGUCCUGUUUGUGGGCUACUGUCUGUCUCACGACCAGCGCUGGCUGCUGGCUUCCUGCACCGACCAGCACGGAGAGCUGCUGGAGACUUGCAUCAUCAGUAUCGAUGUACCCAACAGGGCUCGCAGGAAAAAGGGCUCAGUGAGACGCCUGGGUUUGCAGAAGCUCUGGGAGUGGUGUCUGGGCCUGGUUCAGUUGACCUCACUGCCAUGGAGAGUUGUGAUAGGACGUCUGGGCAGGAUGGGCCAUGGCGAGCUGAGAGACUGGAGUAUUCUGCUGAGUAGAAGAAACUUGCAGUCCGUCAGCAAACGCCUGAAGGAGACGUGUAGGAUGUGCGGCAUCUCCGCUGCCGACACGCCCAGCAUCCUCAGCGCCUGUCUGGUUGCCAUGGAACCGCAGGGUUCAUUCGUCAUCAUGCCAGACUCCGUCUCCACAGGCUCGGUGUUCGGCCGCAGCACCACACUCAACAUGCAAACAUCGCAGCUGAGCACACCUCAGGACACAUCCUGCACACACAUCCUGGUGUUCCCCACCUCAGCCAUGGUCCAGGUCAACACUAACACCUCAGAGCCCAUCGACUUCAACCCCAUCAAUCCUGACGGCUCUGAUGGCAUGGGCAUCUUCGACUUCUUUGGCAAUGACAUGGAUCAUGACAUGGUGGAUCCAGACCUCAUCAACAUCCUGCCCAACUCCCCCACAACCUCCCCCGUUCACUCUCCGGGCUCGCACUACCAUCAGGGAGGAGAUGGAAGCAAGGGGCAGAGUGCAGAUCGUAUGGAGUCCCACGAGGAGGCUCUGAACAUCCUGCAGCAGCCGAUGGCUUUGGGUUACUUCAUCUCUACAGCGAAGGCUGGACCGCUGCCCGACUGGUUCUGGUCUGCUUGUCCUCAAGCCCGGAACCAGUGCCCACUCUUCCUCAAGGCCUCCCUGCACCUGCACGUGUCUUCUGUCCAGUCAGAUGAGCUCCUGCAUAGUAAACACUCCCACCCCCUGGACUCUAACCACACCUCUGAUGUGCUCAGAUUUGUUUUAGAGCAAUACAACGCCCUCUCCUGGCUCACGUGCGACCCUGCCACCCAGGACCGACGCUCCUGUCUGCCUGUUCACUUUGUGGUGCUCACACAGAUGUACAACUUUAUCAUGAACAUGCUUUGAGCUCUUAACGGGAUCAAACUGCUGAGUUUUGUUUGGAAAAUAUCACUCAAACUAAGGAUUUUCUGCUACGAAGAAUCCCAGACACUCAAAAGGACCUCGCACUCCAUCAGGGCAAAUUUUCGAGAUGACGCCUUCCUCUUCCUCUCCUCGUCCUCCUCCUCUUCCUCCCUGGUGUAUCUCACAAAAUGCUGACUGGAAAGUCCCAAUCAAUCAGAUGCCAAGAAUCCAUUAUAGCAUUUUGGAUGAUCAAGGGACAUUUCAUAAAGGAAAAUAAAUUGUCUUUUUAAUGACUGUAGAUUGCAAUCUAUGAAAUUUUAUCUUAAUGAAAUGCCUGCAUAUAUUAUUUAUUGUAAGUUUUUAAAUGUGGAAUUUUUAAUGCUUAAUAUCUUUUUAUAUAUUACAAAUCCUAGAGGGUGUGUACAUCUCACUGUAAAGGAAUUGGUUCAAAAAGUGUAAUUUUCACAAUUAGAACACGGAAAAACCUGUUCAAGUGAAUUGCUGUAGAUUGCUUUUAUUUUUUCAAAGGGUACAAACCUUUCUAUUGCCAUGCUGUAAAAAUAAAACAAAAAAUACAAAAAAAAAACAACAAAAGAAGUAAAAGCUGGCCUGGGCAUUUGUGUCCCACCCAACGAGUGGAUGAGACUUACCUCUGUCUGCUUCGAGUCUCUUGCACAGUAACUCAAUGAGCUCUGAAGAGGAAUUAAAGGUACAAUGUCAGAUUAUAUAUUUUAUAUAACAGAUUUAGGUAAUUGUGUGUGUAUAUGUGUACAUAUACUUGUGUGCCGCUACUGAUGGUGCAACUUCUGUUUUAGGAAUAAAGUGCGUCUACCUUAUCGACCUUGUUGUUGAUGGAUGCUCUUUGAGUAAUGA